ACGCCUCUGUUGGUUGCUACCAACAAACCUCUGAGCUUCACCUCGCAACCCUUUGUCGCUUCACUUCUAUAAAUCCGGGGAAGGAGACAGCCUUCAGUCAGCUGAAGAACUUCUUGGUCGAUUCCUGAAGGUCGGACUGUUGAAGAUCAAUAACCAUGCGUGAAUGUAUCUCCAUCCAUGUUGGCCAGGCUGGUGUCCAGAUGGGCAAUGCCUGCUGGGAGCUGUACUGCUUGGAGCAUGGCAUCCAGCCAGACGGACAGAUGCCUAGUGACAAGACCAUUGGAGGUGGAGACGACUCCUUCAACACCUUCUUCAGUGAGACUGGAGCGGGGAAGCAUGUUCCACGAGCUGUCUUCGUUGAUCUAGAACCAACUGUGAUUGAUGAGGUUCGCACUGGUACCUAUCGUCAGUUGUUCCACCCUGAGCAGCUCAUUACUGGCAAGGAAGAUGCUGCUAACAAUUACGCCCGUGGGCACUACACCAUUGGCAAGGAGCUGAUCGAUUUGGUUCUGGACAGACUUCGCAAACUGGCUGACCAGUGCACAGGACUCCAGGGAUUCCUCAUCUUCCACAGUUUUGGCGGAGGCACUGGCUCUGGUUUCACCUCUCUGCUGAUGGAACGUCUCUCUGUGGAUUACGGCAAGAAGUCCAAGCUGGAGUUCUCCAUCUACCCAGCUCCUCAAAUCUCCACCGCAGUGGUUGAACCCUACAACUCUAUCCUGACCACCCACACCACCUUAGAGCAUUCAGACUGUGCCUUCAUGGUGGACAAUGAGGCCAUCUAUGACAUCUGCCGGAGAAACCUGGACAUAGAGCGCCCAACCUACACCAAUCUGAAUCGCCUCAUUGGUCAGAUUGUAUCGUCCAUCACAGCCUCUCUUCGCUUUGACGGUGCCCUGAAUGUUGAUCUGACAGAGUUCCAGACCAAUUUAGUCCCGUACCCACGUAUCCACUUCCCCCUGGCUACCUAUGCCCCUGUGAUCUCGGCUGAGAAGGCUUACCAUGAACAACUGUCUGUGGCUGAGAUCACCAAUGCCUGCUUUGAGCCAGCAAACCAGAUGGUGAAGUGUGAUCCUCGCCAUGGCAAGUACAUGGCUUGUUGUCUGCUUUACCGGGGUGACGUGGUGCCAAAAGAUGUCAAUGCUGCCAUCGCCACUAUUAAGACCAAGCGCACUAUCCAGUUUGUUGACUGGUGCCCCACUGGUUUCAAGGUUGGCAUCAACUACCAGCCUCCCACUGUGGUUCCUGGCGGUGACCUGGCCAAGGUGCAGCGUGCAGUCUGUAUGCUGAGCAACACCACCGCUAUUGCUGAAGCCUGGGCUCGCCUUGACCACAAGUUUGACCUGAUGUAUGCCAAGCGCGCAUUUGUGCAUUGGUAUGUGGGGGAAGGGAUGGAGGAGGGGGAGUUCUCCGAGGCCCGGGAAGACAUGGCAGCCUUGGAGAAGGAUUAUGAAGAGGUUGGAACUGAGACUAUGGAAGGGGAAGGAGAGGCAGAAGAAGGAGAGGAGUAUUAGUGUAAUCCAAAUGGUGUUAACAUUUGUGAUUAAUAAUCUGAUGUGAUUAAACUUGAGUUUUGAAAGGAAAGGCCUCUGGUCUCUAGCAUUCCUAUGAAAAAUGAAAGGUGAAAAGGCAAAGAAAGUUGACUACAUUUGUUCUUUCUCAUUACUGCUUGAUCUGUUUUAGUGCAAGCUUCAUAAAUCCCUAUUUUUCUUUAACAACACAAAUUUCUUCAUGAAAUUGAUAUUACCUGGUUUAAUCAAUAAAAACAAUUUGUAAUUUUAAUAAUUGUCAAUAAAAUAAUAUUGCAAACUG